AGUCUAAAGAUGUCUGCGCCCAUAACAAAAUAUUUAAAAUGUAAAUGGUUAUGCUAUUUCUGAUGCAAAUAAAAGGAAAAAAUUGUACAUAUUUAAAAGAAAUUAAAUUUUUCAUAACAUAUUUAAUUUUAUCACAUCUGUCAUUUCUGAAAAAUCCUGUUUACUAAAUUUAUAACAAUUCGUCCUUCGUAAAUUUCGUACCAAUUUAUGCUGCAAGACGUCUGAAAUGGUAAAGAGAAAAUAAUGAAGGACAGAUUGAAUCAAUAUAACAUUGAGCAGUAAUCUAUCAAUGCCUUAGCCGAACAUGACACUAGAAUCUGAGAUACGUGCUAGAGUGAGAGAGAUCCAAAAUGGUAUAAGAAAUGGGAAUGACCAACAACAGUUCCUUGACUGUUUGAAGAAAGUUUGCAAACUUCUGCCAUGUGAAGAAUCUUCUAGUGCAAAGGGUGAUAAUAAGGCUCUAGAGGACCAGGAAUGCUCAAACAUUUUCAUGAAGAAUCAUUACACAAACUUUACAAAAUUCCUUUUGGAUUGUAUUACUUUUGAAAAUGUUGGACAGCUGACAAAAGCAGAAUUUAAUCAAUACUUUCUUCAUUUCUUUCUUAAUGGCUGUUGUGAAGAUGCUUUUCUUGCAGUAACAUUUGCAAUUCACAGUACUGGGCCAAGUUUCAAGCUGAACAAAUGUGUUAUUAUUCUGGAACAGUUUUUAAAGAAACACAAGUUAGUGGAUAUCUUAUGUGAACAAAGUGCAUUGAACAAAGAUCGCGACUUACCUAUGUAUAACUGGAGAAGUGAUGGCAGAGUACUACUUUGGGAUACUAUCAUCACUGAAAUUGCUUCACUUCCAGAUAAACUAGCAAAUAAACUAAAAUCUGAGACCAGUGAUAUAUUUUUACCAAAGCAUUUCAUCCCACUUUUGAUGUCAGACAUUGUUAGGACACUUGUAUCUGUAUGUAAAUAUAUAAGACUGUCUAAAGAUUGCCAUCUGGAAUUUGUCAGUUCUUUGGUUGGAAAAUUAUGUCUUUGUGGUUAUGCAGAACAGUUUUGGACAAUCUUAUUACGACAGACGUCUACAUUGAUCAGGAGAGAUUUCAUCUGGAGUAGAAUAUGUGAAAGGAUUGUGACAGGUGUUCCUGAUAGAUGCAUGGAGAGUGUACUUGUACCUCUUGUCAAACUUCUCCCAUGGUAUGGACUUAUGGACAGAUAUUUAGGAAACUGUGUAACACAGAAACAUAAGAUACAGCUUCUCCUUUGUACCAAACUGAUAUUUCACAGGCAUUUUAAAUCUCCAUUGAUUCUGCAGAACAUCAUAGGUUAUCUGGCAACGUCAACACCAAGGAAGCAUCUUUAUAUAAAGUUAUUUCUGGAGCUGAUACAGGUAUGGGGCGACCAGAGUUCACUGACUCAUACAUCAUAUGAACAACACCAUUAUCUAACCCAAGCUUUUGUUAUCUGUGUAGCUUUCUUUACUGAACAACAUAAACAGGAACAUAAAGACGAAAUUCUUCGUCUACUGAUGCCCGGCAUACAGACACACAUUGGUUCCUCAGAUCAUAAGGUGCGCCGGCUAGGCAUGUAUGUAGCGGAAGUUGUUACUGCAGCCAUUGAUCCUGAGGGUCCAAAACUUAAUUUUGAGAUAGAAACAGAUGAGGAGAUAUUAGCAUUAAAAAGAUUACUACAAAUACCAGAGGACCCUGUCGUGGACAUCAUGGAUGAGGAGAUUGCUAUGAUGUUGUCAGAAAGAUCUGGAGAUAUUGUGAUGUUUGGUCUAGAUGAUGUCAGUAUAUUAGGAGAACAAGCUUUACAGGAACCAGCCAGCAGUGUGCCUCUGUCAGCUGAGAAAGUGCGGGAACCAGAUUCUGAUCUUGAUAGUGAUGAUGACCUUGAACCCUAUGAUAUGUCACAUGACACAAAGACUUCCAAAGUGAGGCAGCCUAAAUAUAUCAGAGACUGUAUGGAAGGUUUGAUAAAUUGUGAGAAUCCAGAUACAUUAGAAGCUUGUUUGACAGCUGCCGAGAAUCUGAUAAGAGCCAACAGAGAUGGCCUGGCACAGAUUAGUGUAGAGUUCACUAAAGUUUUGUUACAUCUCACAGAAAGUUACUCAUUGCCAAACUUCCGCAGUCAGAGGUUUAAUGCCCUGGUAGCACUGGCUGUGACAUGCCCAAAACAGGUUGCUGAGUUUUUGACAGAGCAGUUUUAUGAUAGGAACUACAGUAUUAGACAACGGUUUGAUAUAAUUGAGGUUAUUGGAACAGCAGCACAAGAGUUAUCCCGUCCUGUGGACCCGAGCACCACAACCAUGCCAGAGGUCAAACAGAAAGUACAGGAAGUGAGUGCGUGCAGUGAUGACCCGGACACCUGGAGAGAUGUUGUACAGAAGCGUAUAGACAGCAAGACAAGGAGGUUCGGUCAGGGCAAAACCAGACCUGAUCCCCGGCCUACAGAGAACCGAUUCUCAGCUGUAGCUGGUUAUUUCUUCUACUCGUUGAUGAAAAACUUCGACAGACAAGAGAAUACGUUUGAUUUACUGGGUGAGGAUUGUUGUGUUCUCAGCCGUCUGCUGUAUACACUUGGUAUAGUAAUGUAUGCAGCCUCUAAUAUCCCUACUGUGAGACAAAUGGCAGCUUGUUUACUGGAGUUUAUAUGGGUGCUGAGGUUUCAUUCUGAUGUGAAUGUCCGUCAUGGUUUAUUGUUUGCAAUAUCUAUGGUGUAUUUGGCUGUUCCACCUAACGUGUUACUGAAAGAUCUACAGCAGGAAGUGUUUGAGUCCAAAAAUUGGCUUGAAGAUGUGGUCGACAAGGAUGUAGAUACAGAAUGUAAAAAAUUAGCUGUACAAGCAUUGGUGCUUCUAGAAAAUAUCAUAAAACAGGAGUUCAUGUCAGAUAUAGAUCUAACCUGAUAGCCUUGUACUAGACGAGCUGUUUGGGACAGUUCCUAAACACGAAGAAACUUGUGUGACAAGGAAGUUUUACAACGAAUGAAAGCUUUACAAACUGAUCUUACACAACUGUCGAUAUAGUGAACAAAGUUCGCAUUAACUGCAGGUUAAAUGAGGACGUCAUUUCAUUGUUAGUUUGAUAAAUAGUUUUCUAUGCAUUUUGCAUGUUAUUCCUGCCGAAUUUAAAGGACCACCGUUCAUGAAUGGACCACCUGUCAACGUGUAUUAUGUUUAGCUCACUUGCAAAUUUGCAUUAGGCAUACAGUUUACAUGUACUUGAAUUUAUGUUAAACCAUGACGUAGUUUAUUAUGUGACGAUACAUAAACAGUGAUGCCAGGCAAAACGUGUUAAGCUUCCUUAUCAAAGUGCUGCAAGGAUCACUUGUGAUGUCAUCAUGUUAAUGUAGCAGGAAGUGAGAGAGUUUAACCCUUAGCUUGCUGAGAAAAUUGUCGUCUGCUAAAAAAUUUUGAAAGCUCAACUUUUUGAAUUGUAUUCUAUUUCUUGUAAUAAUAUAAACAAUUUCAGAAUAGAAAAUAUUCAAAUUAUGAAAAUAGUGGUUGACUGCUAUUGGUACCAAAUAAUACACAUAUACUGAGAUACUUAUCUGGUACGAAUGGUACCAAUUUGGUAGCAAAUGUUUUUUUUUAUGAUCUCUGACGACGUCAACAAGAUUUGAGUGAAAUCAAUGAUGUAUAUCAAGAAAGUAUGGCAGCUAAACUUUUAGGGUUGCAAUUGCAGUUGGAGUAGAAGAUUGGGAUGGCAUUGUUACUGGACUAACUUUAUACGUUUUAUAAAGGAUGCAAAUACAUAUACAAAAUUUGUUUUAUAAAAAAUAAAUGAGAUGCGUUUGUUAAUCUUCGUUUGGGACUUUAACUUUGUUCAUGUUAAAAUGUGCCAUUUAUUUUUUUUUGGUUCUGUUAAGAAAUAUAUGUUACAGUACUUGCUGCUGUUGUUGUU